AUGGAUCCAGAGCGAUUUUCAUAUCUUAAAGAAGUUUAUGAGCAAAUUCAAAGACCAUUGCCUGGACCUAUCACCGAUGAAAACAGAAAAUUAUAUGAUACGUUUCUUGAAGCAUUUCCUGGAGCAUUUAAUAUUUGGAUUAAAUAUAUUAGUGAAGAAGUUCAAAUUUCAACAGAUAAUUUUGAUAGAGUCGAAAAGCUAUUUUACAGAUGUUUACCAAAUGUCCCGAGUGUUGAUCUUUUUACCUUUUAUUUACAAUAUAUUAGGAGCAAACCAAAUCUUUCACUAGAAGACAUAAUGGCUGCGUACGAUUAUGCAUUAGACAAGGUCGGAUUGGAUAUUAAAGCGUGCCCAAUUUAUUCAGAAUAUAUCGCAUUUUUGAAUUCUCACAGAAGUCAAAUCGAAGGAGAUCUCGAUAAGUGCCGUAAAGUUUAUCAUCGUGCAUUUGUUGUACCUAUGGACGGAUUACCUAUUUUAAAUAAAGAAUAUCAUGAUUUUGAAAAUGAACGUGCUCAACAAGUAGCUCCAAGCCUUUUUAAAGAGUGGGAUGGACAUUUUAAGACAACAAAACAAGCAUACGCAGAAAAGAAUAUCAUUACUCAGCGUCUAAAAACAACAGAUUUCUUCGAAACCGGACCAGGACUUCUUUCUGUCCUUUUCUACUGGAGAUUCUUUAUUCUCAAAGAGUCCCAAAACGAAGUACACGUAAAACCAGAUCAAUUACACGCAUUUGUUGAAUAUGCGUAUAGAAAAGCUCUCGGGCCACUCAGAUACCAAUGGAUUAUAUGGCACGAGUUCGCGCAACACUAUCUAAGCUACUCUAACGAUGCUGCAGCCAUCAGAACAUAUGCAGAAGCCGUAAGUAUUUUACCUCAUAACUUAAUGUUAUCAUUUGCAUAUGCAGAGCUUCUAGAAAGCCGCAAGAGAGUAUCAGAAGCACUUCCAGUCUACAGAAACAUCAUUAAAAAUUCACUUAACAUAUCAGAUGCAACAUUAUCUCAAAUUCAGCUUCUCAAGUUCCUCCAAAGAACAGAAGGACCAGAUGCAAUGCGCAGAGAGUUCGUCAUGGCCUUUGAAAAGGGUAAUUUCACAUAUCAUCUCCUCAUCGCAGUCGCUGAGAUCGAAAACGCUGUAAAUCUUGACAGAGAAUCUGCUAAAAACAUUUUACACGCUGGCUUACAAAUUUACAAGACAGAUUCAGCUUAUAUCGAAGAAUAUGUUUCCCUUGCAAUCAAAUUAAACGACAUAGAAGGACUUAUUGAUGCAUACGACAACGUUUGCCAGCUUCACAAGGACAAGAGAAUGGAAUUGUCCUGGAGAUUGCUGGAUUUCUUUAGGUUGGCCAACGAUAAAUCCGGCGGUUUGUCCUCGAGUCUCAGCCGUGUUGUUAAAAAUCUAAGUACAUUGCUGUCAGAUUACAAAGGACAGAGGUCCUUACAGACAAACGAAGCCCCAAGAAAGACCCUUGACCUUAUCAAGGAGUAUAUUCCAACUUUGGCCUCAUAUGAAAAGAAUAUUAAUUUGGUCUUCGAGUUUGCACUUAGUACUCAUGGUGAUGACUUCGAAAAUGCCGUGAAAUCCGAGUUGGGCGAUGAUAUUUUCUCUGGAGACUUGGUUAGGAGAACAAUUGAAUCAUUAGUUAACUCCCACUCUGCAAAAGACUUGUAUCAGGCAAUAAGUUUGUUUGGAAUUAUUGAUAAAGCUAUUGUGAUCAUCAGAAAUAUCAUGGAAAAGAUUGAUGAAAUUAUUCAUAGAAUUGAAAAUGAUAUUUUAGCUCAGGAUAAGACAAUAUCAAGAGAAAAGCUGAAAUUACGCGCUUUCUUCUUGCCAGAUGGCUAUAAUUGA